AUGAGAUACACCGGUUUCGCUGCUAUGGGCAUGAUGGGCUGUGCCCUGGCCCUGCCCCAGGGCCCCCCUGCUUUCGGCGCCCCCAGUGAUGCGCCUGUCCCCUCCAGCUCUUCUAUCAGCGGCACGCCCACGGGCACGCCCACCGGUAUUCCCACUGGACUCCCCUUUGAAAAGCGCCAGUUCCACCACGGACCUCCCCCAGCGGCUUCCCGACUCCCUCUGAAGCGCCAGGAAUUCCCUACCGACCUGCCUUCCUCUUUCCCGUGCUCCACCCCCAGUGGCUUCCCCACUGACUUCCCCGCGCCCACCGGAAUCCCCUUCGAGAAGCGCCAAUUCCACCACGGACCCGGUAAUCAGGGCCCCCCUCCCGUCGUCUUCUCGAGUUUCACUAGCUCUCCUUCCUCGAGCUUCCCCACCCCUACAGCCACUCCCAGCAGCUUCGAGAAGCGCCAGUUCCCCACAGACCUUCCCUUUUCCAUUCCUAGCAGCAUCCUGAGCGCUUUGCCUACUGGUCUCCCUACCGGUUUCCCUACCGACCUGCCAUUCUCUUUGCCUUUCGAGAAGCGCCAGGAGUCGUCCACUGGAUUCCCCACUUCCACCCCUACUCCCUCGCCGUCCCCUAUUGCUCAGUAA